CGUGCCAAUGACAGCACCCACACUGGGAACCAGCACUGCAGGGGUCGUGACCUGAGAUCUAGCAGGUGGGCGGGGCAGCCCCCUGCCCCCAGCCCCACCCCUGCACCCAUCACAAACCUGGGCCUGCAUCACAAUCCCUCUGGCCACGCCCCCCAGGGAUACAGCCCCCAGCACCAAGACAAGGGCCAGCUGGCAGCAGGCCUGGCUGUCCCCACCUCCAGGACCACCGCGCCACCUCACCUGCCGCUGGCCGCCCGCGGGCCGCAGAGCACAAGAGGGGCGUCCCUGCUGUCCUGCGGCACCCACAGACCCCGGCCCGCCCCGAAUGCAACGUUGCACACCCCGGUCUGGAAAGUUACUCCUGCCUGGGAAGCGGCUUCUGGCCAGACCCUGGGGACACUGCCCGCGAGGAGACACAGAGACGUCACAUCACAGCCUCCACGGGGCCACGGGCUGCCGUUCCACUCGGCCAGCGCAGCCCCGAGCCCGGAUGGGCCCUGAUCCAGUGACUCCACCACGGCCCGCCGCUCAGCUGGAAGCUAGAGAGGGGCUCGGCCCGAAGCCCCCCCGCCGGCCCCCUCCCCACCCGAGAGCCAGAGGCCUGGGCCCGUGCUGCACGUCCGUCUGCGUCGCCAAGUCCUGGGCCCUGGGAAGGCGGUCUGGAUCAGCUCCAAAAUUCGGAAAACAAGCACCAUCGAGGGGACAACAGCCAAGACCAAGGGCACCCCUGGGAGCACACAGGACCCCGAGGCCACAGGACCCGGCACCCACCCCCAGCAGCGUGGCUCCGGCUCAGAGGCGCCCCCGCGGGCACUUGCCACCAAGGAGGACGGCAGCAGCUCGGGCUGGGCGGGCGCCACCAGGAUGCGGCUCACGGACCUGGGGACAGAAGCAGGGGGACGCCCACGGUCCUGGAAGGCCAGAGACGCCACGGUUGGCUUGCACACGAAUCUGGGUGGCGGACAUCUACACGUGUGGCGUGAAAUCCUCUCCGAUUCGCUGCGUGUUUGACAGUCAUCCUGGUACAAGGCUGGGGACCUGCUGCACGGCCCAGCACCUGGCCCGCGCGGGCGGAGGAGGAAGCGCCAGCUGCUCAUGCACCCAGCGUGCUCUGGGCCAAACCACGGAGGCCCCCGCCCUGGGAGCGCCCGCGGACACCCACCCCGCACCUGCCCGGGGCCCUGCCGCGCGGGCCCCCCACUGCGCUGCUCCCGCUCGGGCACAACGGCCUGAAGACCGGCUGCGGCCCCUCUCGGCCGCCCCUCCCCGCGGGGAGGUCCGAGUCCGGGUCAGGAAAGUCCACGCGCUCAUCCAUUCAGGCCCCUGGUCCGGUUCACAAGGUCGCCCCCAUCUGCACCUUGGAAGUUGGCGCAGUGCUGCUCCGGCCUGAGAAUCAUUUCAGCACACGGUGCACGCACACCUCCUGAUCCGGGUCCCGACACCCAGCGACUCGCUCACCCUCGGGGGGGGCAGGUGGCCUCGCAUCCGCUGCCCCCACUGCCCUCCGACGGCUCUGCCUGGGCGGCUUCCGAAGACGUGACGCACACCAGCCCCCAUCUUGGGCGAUGACGCUACGGAGUUCAGCGUCAGGCGGAGCGAGGCUUUCUGCCAUUUCAUUCUAACAUGAAGAAUUCUAACUCAAGAUAAAACUGCUUCCUGAUUCAGGUUCUUUGAAAUUUGUUGAGUCAAGUUUACAUUCUAGCACUUGGUCGGUU